UCCACACCCAGAGCGCAACCUCUGAAGAGCUGCUUGCCAGUGGUAGGUCCACCUGAGAGAGUUUCCUUUUAAAAAAACUUUCAAAAACAUUGAAACACUGAAGAAUUAUGAAAAUCACAUUUUUCGGUGCUGCAUUGUUCUUACUGGAUUACUUCAUUUGCUGUCAUGCUUAUGCACAACAUCCCCUGCCUGACAUAGAAGAUGCAAAGUUCAUUGAAGAUUGUGUGAGAGCUCACAACACAUUCCGAUCCAAAGUGAAUCCACCAGCCAGCAAUAUGCUACGUAUGUCUUGGGACACUGCUUUAGCCAAGACUGCCAAAGCAUGGGCAAAGAAGUGCAAGUUUAAGCACAAUGUCUAUCUUAAAAUGCCUAAGAAGGUGCAUCCCACCUUUACCCCUGUUGGAGAAAACAUCUGGACUGGCACAGCUACCAUCUUCUCUGUGGAUGAAGCUCUCAGUGACUGGUUUAAUGAAGUCAGCAGCUAUGAUUUCAACACGAACAGAUGUACUGGCAUGUGUGGUCACUACACCCAGGUUGUUUGGGCAGAGAGUUACAAAGUUGGCUGCGCAGUUCACUUCUGCAAUACAGUUGAAAAUUUUCCAGGACUCUUCAGAGCAGCACAUUUUGUCUGCGACUAUGGGCCAGCGGGGAAUUACCCAAGAAAACCAUAUAAAACAGGACAACCGUGUAGUGGAUGCAGUAAUGACAAGUGUGUAGACAGGCUCUGUGAAAAUAGAGAACGUGAGAAGCUAAUAGAUUAUUCCUACUGGCAUCCAGAAUGGGAUACACAACCGCAGCCCCAGCCUCAGCCACCCCGGCCCCCCAGGCCUCCCGUGCCGCCCUACAUCCCUCCUGCUGAGAACCCACCUCCCUCUUGUGACCAGUACUGUAUUACUGUUUCAAUUUUAAGGCCACUGUUUUUGGUACUGAGUACUGGUGCUGUUCUUUUAGUACAAAAGCAGUUUCCACACACUUUUUUUUAUGAGUAAUGUUUGACUAAGGCACUGAUCAUGAUCCUGCAGCUGUAUUAGUCUCAGAAAAUUGCACAUGUUUUAAAAUACACUUGGUCAUCUCUCCAUUAUCCUUGUGAUAUUUAUCCGGCAUAGAAAAGGCUGCUGCUUCACUCAAGUCAAGCCAAGCCAGAAGUGGUUGUGCAUAGAGCUAGUAUAAUUUAUUGACAGUAGCUGCAACAUGCUUCUGUGUCUGUAGAAGUCUUUUAUCACUGGGCUUAGGGGUAGAUUGCUAGAGGGUCCUCAUAGGCCAUAUGCUACAAUAUAUGCUAACAAGCCUCCUGGAAACUUGGGACAUCAUAAAGACAUGUCUGAAAUGGCACAGUGUAUCCAAAAGCAGCAAUAACUCGCCUCUAUUAACCUUCAGUUAUCCCAGACAUUGUUUUCACUAGAUAAUGGAGAUUUAACUGCAUGUAUUAAUUUAUAUGAACAGAAGGAGUAAAGCCCAUCCUUUACUGUAUUUAGCCUAAGUGUAUCAGUCUCCAGUAAAGUUCCUCUAUUGUCAGUUGUAUUAUUCUGUUCUUCUCUACUCAGAGUUAAGUUUUGUCCUCUGUAACUAGAGGAAUACCAGGGAAAGUUGACAGAGCAAAGAUUAAGAUGGGGUGUCAAAGGGUACAGCUUAAUUUUAGGAUGUGAGAUGGUGACAAACUUUGAAAUGAAGAGUAGAUGACAGCCAUCCUGAGCUUGCAGGCAGGGGAAGGUGGGGAGCAGGGAAGAAAAACAGGAGCGAGAAGAUGAAAUGGGCCUAGGACAGAUUCUGAUUCAGAAAUGGAAGACUUCAGCCUCAUUUAAAAAGCCCAACAGUGACGGAUUUGGUUUGGUUUUAGAGACAUUUAGUCCUUGACCGCUAUUGUUCCUGUAUACAUUUGUCCUUAAAAGAAACAAACCCAUCUUUUCAAGCUACAAGAUACUGGCUGAUAAUGCGUAACUGCUAGCAAUAUUUAAAGCUGUUUCUCCUCCUUUAUCUUAGACCUAAUGUUUUGAGAACACAGUGACUCAAAUUCACUGGAGCCACACUGCAGCUCUGAAGGGGCAUGGUAUCCCACAGAAUAAAACUGAGCCCCAAAUGUUUGGGGUCCUGUCAUAUGCUGCAAAAUGUCACCACAUGAGAAGAUUCAGAUUUAAUUUCACAAUUGCCAGUUCUUGUCUGCUGCCACCUGUUAUAUGUAGGAAUAGCAAGCAAGCUGAGGAUGGGCAAGUGGUUGGGAAGGGAUGCAGCUGGAACAACUGACCCAAAUCAAUCAAGGGGAUAUUUUAUACCAUAUAACAUAAAAUGGUGUAGAGGAAGAAGAAAUGUGGAAGUCUGACUUCCAGGGCAGCCAUUGCUCAGAGACUGUCUGGGCAUCACUCAGCCGUUGGGAGUGGUGAGUGAUUGCCUUUGCAUCACUUGGGGGCUUUGUUUGUUUGUUUCCCCUCUCCUCUUUUCACACAUAUUAAACUGUCUUUAUCCUGA